AUGUACAAUUUAAACGUAAACGUAGCGACAACACUCCCGACGAAUUUUCUAGGGCUUGAUAAUAAUCAAUGUAAUACACCGAGAACACCGGAAAUAGUCAACAGUUUGGUGGCCAUGACAAAUCCAUUUGAUGCUCUUAUGAAACCAUCUAAAGGAAACAACAGCCCUAAAAGUGAUGAAAGUUAUUCUGGUACUGCAUCACCUUUAGGUAUGAUAUUGUUUCCAUCAAAUUCACCACCCAGCGUUCAACACACGAGGUCUCAAUUGAUCAAGGAAGGACUAAAACUAACGAUACAAACUAAAAGAAAACAUUCUGGAUCCGAUACGAAAGAAGAAUUCGAAGAAAUUGAAUCAAAAAGAAUGAAACGAGAGGAAUUAACGGAAGAAGACGAAGAAAGACGAAAACGACGAAGAGAAAGAAAUAAAAUAGCAGCAACAAAAUGUCGUAUGAAAAAACGUGAAAAAACGGCAAAUUUGGUUAACGAAUCGGAAAUAUUGGAAACGCAAAAUAUAGAUUUGAAAUCGCAAAUCCAAGAUUUACAAAAGCAAAAAAGGAAUCUUAUGGACAUGUUGUCGAUGCAUUUGGCAACAUGCGUUAAACAAACGCCGACGCCGACGUUAGAAAACGUUCAAACGUUUGAUGAAUAUGUCGCCGGAUCUGAAUCUUUUAACGGUUCAUUCCAAGAUGGCGGUCAAUCGUCUUUUUGUUCGGAUGCAUCGGGAGAUUUUCCGAUAGAUCAUCAAACGGUUACCGAAAGAAUUAAUUCUAAAUUAAUAAAUAACAUGUCGACAAGUUAUUCCAGAACGUCAGCGUCAUCACCGUCAUCGUCACCGUCAACGUCAUCAACGUCAACGUCAUCAACAUCGACGUCAUCAUCAUCAUCAUCAAACAACACGUCGAAUGAUUCCAAUAACACAUCAACCACCGCCGUUUAUUAUCAAUCCAAAGGUAAAACAAAUUUAGGAAUAAAUAAAAGCAAUAAUUUUCAAACAAGUGAAAAUAAAAGUGUUAAGAACAAAUUAAUAACAGUGCAAACAACGGAAAUGAAAAAAUCAUCGACGGGAAUUUAUAGAACAAAUUUUAAUUGUAAUUAUCAUCAUCAUCAUCAUCAUUCUAAUAACAAUAAUGACGAUUCCGACAGUUACAAACCCAACGGAUUAUUAGAUAAUAAUAAUUUUUUUACAACAACGAAAACUGACGUUUUUGGAACGGGUAACGAUUAUUCAAACGCGUUCGGAAACAAUCAUUUGGACAACGGUUGCAUGGCAUAG